CUCGGUGCCUGAUCUCGGUGCUCGUGUCGUGUCGUCCUUGCCGUUGCACCGUGGUGCAGUAGGUUCCCCGUUGCAUGCACAAGUGCAACACUGUCCCACUGUCUGUGAUACGAAAUAUUUACUCUCUGCGUGUGCCCUGCCCGCUGAUCAUCAUGAAAAUUAUCCUGCUGACGACGACGCUGGUGGCGGUGUGUUCGUGUGCGCGGCUAGACAACAACUACCUGCCCCCACCGGGGGCCGCAUCGUCUGGCGGAGGGCCAGGACUCACGGCACCCUCACCCGCUGGCGGUGGCUUCGGUAGCAAACCGGCCGGUGGACCUACGGCCGGCGGCUCCGGAUUUGGUGGCUCCGGACCUGGAGCCGGUGGAUUCGGUGGCCCGCAGGGUGCAGGUGGCUUCGGAGGGGCCGGAUCCCGACCGGGAGCGGGAGCUCCGGCAGGAGCGCGUCCAGGGACGCCUCCAUCGCCCGCCUACGGACCACCGGCGGGUGGAUUUGGUGGUGGAGCUCCCUCAUCCUUCGGCGGUGGUGCACCGUCCGGUGGAUUCGGUGCUCCGGGUGGUUCGGGUGGAUUCGGGGGAGGGUCUGGUGGGGCCCCUGCAGCUCCGGCCGGUCCGAGUCAACCGCCGAUCGAGAUCAUCUCGUACGAGAACAUGAACAACGGCGAUGGAAGCUACAAGUACAGCUACGAGACGGCGAACGGGAUCAAGGUGCAGGAGCAGGGCGAGGUGAAGAACAAGGGCUCCGAGAACGAGAUCCAGAGUGUGCAGGGUUCUUACUCGUACACCGCACCGGACGGACAGGUCAUCACCGUGACGUACAUCGCCGACGAGAACGGGUUCCAACCGCAGGGAGACCAUCUGCCAACGCCGCCUCCGAUUCCGGAAGAGAUCCGCAAGGCACUCGAGGCCACGGCCGCGGCGCAAGCAGCCGGCGGUGCCGGUGGACAGGCAGGAUAUCCGGGUGGAGCUGGUAAACCGACCGGAGGCUACCCUGGCUCGGUGACGGGAUCGGGUGGCUACCCGUCCGGAGCCAGUGGCCCAGGCGCUGGAGGACCGCGACCAUCUGGAGGUCCUACCGGAGCGGGCCAGGCAGGAUACCCGAGCGGAGGACCGCCGAGUGCGGGCGGCUAUCCCUCCGGUGGACCGGCUGCCCCGGGUGGAUCGGCCGGAUAUCCUUCGGGAGGACCCAGCGGAGCCGGAGCACGCCCAUCCGCUCCCGGCAGACCGUCCGGAAACGGUUCCUUCAACCCCCAGUCCGGCUACCAAUAUUAAGGAAACGAUCAUUGCAUUUCAUUAAACCCGCCCAACCCGAGGCUGGAAACUCACUGCGAAAAAACGCAAAACAAAAACGAACAAAAACAAUC